UAUCUUAUCCUUUUACUCUCAUGACCUUCAGCUUCGCGACAUCCUGGACGAAUACCUAACGCCCUCUCACGUUCUCUAAUCAAUAAUGCCUCCUCGUUCAUCGACAUCGCGUAGCCGUCCUUUGCUUUCCUUCGAAAUGCAGCCUUCUCCCCUUACCUCCACUAUCUAUUCCCCCACUCUCGACGAAGACACGCCAUCCAAGCGAUGGUACCAUUAUCUACCCCUUGCCGGAACCGUCUUUUUCAUCCUAGCUCCCCAACCAUCGUUGCUCAUUGUCCUGGUGAACUAUCAUUUACGAACUCGAGGCCAGCCCAUCGUCUUCGGCGUCCAUCUUGCUGUCACAUACACACUCACUUUUCUCAUAAUCACGUCUCUGAUGGUCUGUGUCGUCCGUGAUCCUGGACCGGUGCAGAUCACUCCAUCCGACCACGGACGAGCCGCGGACGAAGUCGACCUCACAGAAGCUCUCAUGCCACCCGAUUUUGAUUUUUCUGCACCCGGAAAAUGGUGUAGACAGUGCUGGGCGCCAAAACCGGAUCGAACACAUCACUGCACGCACUGCAGCAGAUGUGUUCUGAAGAUGGAUCACCACUGCCCAUGGGUUGGGGCAAAAUGUAUCGGCCAUAGAACAUACCCGGCUUUCCUUCACUUUUUGUUCUGCAUUACUCUACUCGCUACUUAUGUCGCAAUAAUGUGUAUCUUUGCUCUGGUGUAUGCUUUCAACAAUCCUUACGUGGUAGACGAAACUACGCCCAUUCAUGAACUUUUACUCGCCUUUGCAGGCCUGGUGUUUUCCCUCGUUAUCGGCUCUUUUUUCUUUUACCAUGUAUACCUUGUCACAACAAACCAGACGACUCUAGAAAACCUCUCUCCUUUCCUCCUCCUGCGACACCUCCCGCCUCUCCCAAGGACGGGCCACUCACUCUCUGACCCCCCUCUGGAACCCGAACUCUCCUAUUCCCAACGCCGACUCGUCAAGGACGCCCACGGGCACAUCAGAUUGUACGAUAUCGGCUGGAAGCAAAACUGGAUCCAGGUCUUCGGUUGGAAUCAUACCUACGGAUGGGUGGCUCGUAUCCUGAGUGGCGGCGCGAUUAAAGGAGAUGGACGCACGUUCCCUCGAAAUCCAAAAUCGGAGGAACUGCUCGCCCGACUUGCCGUGGAACUGGUUAAAGCGGACAAGGACAACUAGUUAGUUAGUUAAUUUCUCGUCAUUCUUUUGGUGGAACCCUGUAUAUAUCGGCGUUCAAGUUGGUCUACUUACCUAUAUCUGUAUCGAUCUACAUAACCUAAUAGCUUACUCGGUGUCUCCAUAGAUUCCUGCAUGUGUUAGUCACCUUUCUCACAAAUACAGUCCUUUCCCGCGCAUCUAAU